AGAUUGCUAAAUCAUUCGUUUCAGAAUAUCCGAACUGAAGCAAAAAUAAUGCCUGAACCAGGAAAAGCACCGAAGAAGGGCUCAAAGAAGGCCGCGUCCAAGGUCUCCAAGUCCGGCAAGAAGAGGAGAAGGACCAGGAAGGAGAGCUACGCCAUCUACGUCUACAAGGUCCUGAAGCAGGUCCACCCUGACACCGGGAUCUCCUCCAAGGCGAUGGGCAUCAUGAACUCGUUCGUGAGCGACAUUUUCGAGCGUAUCGCCGGUGAGUCCUCCCGCCUGGCGCAGUACAACAAGCGCUCCACCAUCACCUCCAGGGAGAUCCAGACCGCCGUCCGCCUGCUGCUGCCCGGGGAGCUGGCCAAGCACGCCGUGUCCGAGGGCACCAAGGCCGUCACCAAGUACACCAGCUCCAAGUAAACGGCUGCUGACAGCCGGCAACACAACGGUCCUUUUCAGGACCACGCACUCCAUCUGAGAGCCGCUUCCUGCUACCUCACUGUCAGUCACAGGAUGUGUGUAUCAGUCCGACAUUUUUAAUGUUUUCUGUAGGUUUGAGUGCAGAUCAGACUACUCAACAGAAUAAAUCUUGGGUUAAAAUGAAAA